AUGGAGAGGAGGAGGAAGAUGGCGGGAGGGCGGCUCUGAGGAGACUUCGGCGGCGGCGGAGGAGGAGAGAAGCGCAGCGCGGUGUCGCGCCGGAGCCCAUGUGGGGAGGAGUCGGAGUCGCUGUUGCCGCCGCCGCCGCCGCCUGGAACUGCUGGACCCGAGGGAGAGUGAGAGGGCAGCGGCAGGAUGAAGUUCGCCGAGCACCUCUCCGCGCACAUCACUCCCGAGUGGAGGAAGCAGUACAUCCAGUAUGAGGCUUUUAAGGAUAUGCUGUAUUCAGCUCAGGACCAGGCACCUUCUGUGGAAGUUACAGAUGAAGACACAGUCAAGAGGUAUUUUGCCAAGUUUGAAGAAAAAUUUUUCCAAACCUGUGAAAAGGAACUUGCCAAAAUCAAUACAUUUUAUUCAGAAAAACUUGCAGAGGCCCAACGCAGGUUUGCUACACUUCAGAAUGAGCUUCAGUCAUCACUGGAUGCACAAAAAGAAAGCACUGGUGUCACUACUCUGCGACAACGCAGAAAGCCAGUCUUCCACCUGUCCCAUGAAGAGCGUGUUCAACAUAGGAAUAUUAAAGACCUUAAACUGGCCUUUAGUGAGUUCUACCUCAGUCUUAUCCUGCUGCAGAACUAUCAGAAUCUGAAUUUUACAGGGUUUCGAAAAAUCCUUAAAAAACAUGACAAAAUCCUGGAAACAUCCCGUGGAGCAGAUUGGCGAGUGGCUCAUGUAGAAGUAGCCCCGUUUUAUACCUGCAAGAAAAUAAACCAGCUCAUUUCUGAAACCGAGGCUGUAGUGACCAAUGAACUUGAAGAUGGUGACAGACAAAAGGCUAUGAAACGUUUACGUGUCCCCCCUUUGGGAGCUGCUCAGCCUGCACCAGCAUGGACUACUUUUAGAGUUGGCCUCUUUUGCGGUAUAUUCAUUGUACUAAAUGUUACCCUUGUGCUUGCCGCUGUAUUUAAACUUGAAACAGAUAGAAGUAUAUGGCCCUUGAUAAGAAUCUAUCGGGGCGGUUUUCUUCUGAUUGAAUUCCUUUUUCUUCUGGGUAUCAACACAUAUGGUUGGAGACAAGCUGGAGUAAAUCAUGUGCUCAUCUUUGAACUUAAUCCAAGAAGCAAUUUGUCUCAUCAACAUCUCUUUGAGAUUGCUGGAUUCCUUGGGAUAUUAUGGUGCCUGAGUCUUCUAGCAUGCUUCUUUGCUCCAGUUAAUGUCAUCCCCACAUAUGUGUAUCCACUUGUCCUUUAUGGAUUUAUGGCUCUCUUUCUUAUUAAUCCCACCAAAACCUUAUAUUAUAAAUCUCGAUUUUGGCUGCUUAAACUGCUGUUUCGAGUAUUUACAGCCCCCUUCCACAAAGUAGGCUUUGCUGAUUUCUGGCUGGCUGAUCAGCUCAACAGCCUGUCAGUAAUACUGAUGGACCUGGAAUAUAUGAUCUGUUUCUACAGUUUUGAACUCAAGUGGGAUGAAAGUAGGGGCCUGUUGCCAAAAGAUUUACAAGAACCAGAUGUUUGCCAUAGUUAUUCAUAUGGGGUGCGGGCUGUUGUUCAGUGCAUUCCUGCUUGGCUUCGCUUCAUCCAGUGCCUGCGCCGAUACCGAGACACAAAAAGGGCCUUUCCACACUUAGUUAAUGCUGGGAAAUACUCUACUACUUUCUUCAUGGUGACGUUUGCAGCCCUGUACAGCACUCACAAAGAACAAAGUCAUUCAGACAGCACAGUCUUCUUUUACCUGUGGAUUGUCUUUUGUAUCAUCAGUUCCUGCUAUACCCUCAUCUGGGAUCUGAAGAUGGACUGGGGUCUCUUUGAUAAGAAUGCUGGUGAAAACACCUUCCUCCGGGAAGAGAUUGUAUAUCCCCAGAAAGCCUAUUACUACUGUGCCAUCAUAGAGGAUGUGAUAUUACGCUUUGCCUGGACUAUUCAAAUCUCAAUUACCUCCAUGACUUCAUUGCCUCAUUCUGGAGACAUCAUUGCCACUGUCUUUGCUCCUCUUGAGGUUUUCCGGCGAUUUGUAUGGAACUUCUUCCGCCUGGAGAAUGAACAUCUGAAUAACUGUGGUGAAUUCCGUGCUGUACGGGAUAUCUCUGUGGCCCCCCUGAAUGCAGAUGAUCAGACACUCCUAGAACAGAUGAUGGACCAGGAGGAUGGGGUACGGAAUCGACAGAAAAACCGGCAAUGGAAGUACAGCCAGAACAUAGCUCUGCGUCGUCCUCGCCUUGCUUCACAAUCCAAGGCUCGUGACACUAAGGUAUUGAUAGAAGACACAGAUGAUGAAGCUAACACUUGAGUCCUCUGAAGUCUAGAUUAACAUCCUUGAUUAUUCUACUCUGCAUUUUUUUUUCCUUGACCAACACAACCUCUAGAACCUUUCCAGCCGAAAAUAGAAGACACAACACAUUUUCCGAGCUCUUCCAGAUCGGAUCCUAUGGACUCCAAACAAGCUCACUGUGUUUCUUUUCUUCUGGUUUUAUUUUCAUUUUCUAUUUUUAAAACAAAUAUUUACUUCAUUUUGCCAAUCAGAGGAUAUUUUAAGGAACAAAAACAUAGUAUCUAUGGACUGUUUACAAUCAGAAGGACACAGAUACCUAUCAGGAUGUUGAACAGGCAUUGCAAGGACCCUCUGAGAGGAUGGUACCGAAGUAGCUCAGCUUCCGCUUAGCCCGGUUUUGACUGGUUGAAACCGGACAUUGGUUUUUAAAAUUUUUUUGUCAGUUUAAGUGGAGAAUUUUUUUCCUUUCCUUCAUAUCCAGCGCAAAGCACUGGCUGCACUUGCAGGGAAAGUGCAACUUAGAGCAGUAUCUUCAUUCAUGAAGCUACUUUUUAAUUUGAUGUAACUUUUCUUAUUUUGGGGAGGGGAGGUUUCUGGGUGGGUGGGAAAUAUGAUGUAUUUGUUACAUAUUGUUUUCUCAUUAUUUAUGAAGCUUAACCAUAAAAGAAUGCUAUCACUCCUAUACAAUGAACAUGAUGACAAUGAAAGAAGACAGGGAAAAUGAAAGUUAGCAUUUAUGAGAGUGUAGUCCCACAAUACCUCUCUAAAGACAUCCUGCACAGACCACUUUGAUUUUUUUUUUCGUUCUUUUUAACUGUAAGUCAAAGUUUUAUUACUGAUAUUGAAGUUGCUGCUGCUUUAGAAUCCCAAGGAUAUCUCUCAUAACAAAAUAUACAUACACAUAAUCAUUUGAAAUUUAAGAGAUCCGAUACUAUUUUUAAAGGAACAGAUAAGGACUACGUUAGUUGGCAACAACUGAAAUUAUGCCCUUCUGUGCUCCAGUGAAGUAUAUAACUCUGAAUUAAAAGACAAAACUACUGCAUAUAUUUUCUAUCUCCCCAUUAGAUUUUUUUUCUAUACUGUUACUUUAGCCUGAGUUUGAUCAAAUUAAAAGUCUUUCUGUGGAGAAACUAUGUUUUUGGGUGCAUAGAACAAAUCUUACUUCCUCUUUGACAUAACAUUGAUAGAACAGGCAUUGGCAGCCAUUUCAGCAGUUUUAAAGAAGGAACAUUGAAUUUUCUGUCUUCUCAAUUAAAAAAAAAAAAAGACAAAGAAAACUGCUUUACAGAAAAGCUGGAAUCUUUCUUAGAAACUCCAGGCUAUCAUGGUUUGUAUAAAAAGCCCAUUUACUGCUUUGUUCAUUUCAUCCCAGUAUUCCUAAUUCAUCCAAAUUAAUUUAAGGGCUGUGUAAAGGAUUUUACUUUCUUGAAUAUAGCUAAAUUUAGUAUUUCAUUAUCUAACAUUAUUUAAAUACCAAGAAAAAGUAUAUUUUAAUCUCUCAGAUCCAGAUGUGUCCAAAGUCAGCAUGAAUAGGUACAUGAAAGUAGAUUAUUGUUAUUUUUCAGUUUAGUUUUUAAAAGAAAAAAACAAGUGGAAUGAAAGCUAUCAUCACUUAUUUAAGCUUAAGAACAUAUGGUUACUACCCAUUCACAUUCCCCUUUUCUCAUAGCUCUUUUUCUAUGUACCACAUUCCUCUACUUACCCCUGCCAUAAUUAUAGUGAAUUAUAUUCGAGUCACUGUUGCCACCAAAUUUCCAUAAAUUAUUUGACAAAUAGUUUCCUUUUCAAAGGAAUAUCUUCCAUUUUUACUCUUUAUAAACUUGUAAAAUUGCCCUCUUUCUGAUUUUUUUGUUUUUUGACAAGUCAUACAACUUUGUGGCUCUUACUGCAUUUUGGGGACUGGGAGGGUGUUUUGUUGAACAUGUUCCUUAGCUCAAAACUGAAGAGAAAUUUUUUUUUAAUGUUAUACCAAAUAUGAUCAGUGGUAACAAAUUAGUGACCCUUUAUUAAUAAAGUAUUUAUACUUGUGA